AUGACUACGAGAUUGUCGAUUGCUGCAGUUUUACUGCUUUCCCUAAUCGCGACAGUAGUCGCCUCCGAAUCAUUCAAGGAACGGUCUUUGGUCCGUCAAAAACGACAGUUCUCUCUAGCCCUAUAUCUUUGUGGCUCAUUCCCAAAUCAAUUUACUUCGUACUUUCCAUGUGGCCCAUGCUAUAUGAACUGCGUUACUUCAACGUUCUCUUAUCAAGCAUUAUCACCACUUGUCUAUUCAUAUGGUUAUCCUUCGAUCAUGGGUGGUUACGGUGGUUUCGGUGGUGGUUUCUCGCCACUGUUUCCAGGAGCGACGCAAGCACAGCGAUGCAUCGGUCCGUGCGUGAAUGGACAGUGCCCAGAUGGGUAUGCCUGUAAUGCGAAUAAUGUCUGCUGUGCGAUAUGA